UGCUCUCUUGUCUGAUUUUUCCUUUCCAUUCUCUCUCACACUGUAAGGCAGGCAGCCACUCUAAUCCAGCUCCGAAAAUGGCCGAAAAAACCAUCGAUUAAUGGCGUUUUAGAUGUCCAAAUCAGGUUCCACAACCGAGAUCGGAUGAAAUCUAAUACCGUAGGCGGUGUUGCGGCUUGUUUUAGUGGUUUCCGGCUUGUUUAGUGGUUUGCCUGACUGGUUUUUCUUUUACUUCACUAAUCUCCAAUUUCUCUGUAAAUACCAGCGAUUCAGGUGUAAGUUUCUCAGAAAAUGUUAUCAGAUGUUGGAAUGAGGCCUGGAUUAGUAGGAGAGGGCCUCAAAGGAAGCAACGAUGGAUCUUACAGUGAAGAAUUAGGGUUUUUACUGAGAGAGCAAAGGCGUCACGAAUCAGAUGAUCUGGAGAGGGAACUCAACCUUUACAGGAGUGGAAGCGCUCCACCAACUGUUGAAGGAUCUUUAGCAGCAGUAGGAGGGCUCUUUGGCUCUACCCAUGGCAGCUCAGAUCGCACUGAGGAGGGUUUAAGGUCUGAUCCCAACUAUGCGGAGUACUACUUUUCGCAUGUCAAGCUAAACCCGAGGCUUCCUCCUCCUCCUCUCUCUAAAGAGGAUUGGAGGUUAGCUCAGCGAUUGCAGGCAUGGACACCUGGGUUUAGUGAGAGAAAGAAGGUAGGGAGAGAGGAAGGAACAGGAAGUAGGUCUCUGUUUUCUUUGCAACCCGGGUUUGAUAUUCAGAGAGAAGAAGGAGAAGUUAGGGUUUCACAGGGUGGGCUAUCGAGACAAGCAUCAGCUGAGUGGAUGGAGAGGGGAGCUGAUGGAUUGAUUGGAUUGUCUGGAUUGGAUUUGGGAACAAAAAGGAAUGGGCUUCCUGGUAUAUUUCAGGAGGAUGUCAGCCAUCCAGCUCCAAUCUCUGGGCACCUAUCUCGUCCAGCAAGUCGUAAUGCUUUUGAUGAAGGUGUGGAUCCAAUAGGCUCUGAAUUUGCACACUUACAUCACGAGAAUGGUCUACGUUCCGGUUCAGCUGCUAUGCAAGGUCUAUCUGGGGUUCAUAACUCCUCUCAUGGUUUUACUUCUCCUAUUGGGUCAUCUCUUCCAAGGAGCACGACUCCAGAUCCUCAACAUGUAGUGAGGUCUCCUAGCCCCUGCCUUCCACCUGUGGGUGAAAAGUAUACCACUUCCGAUAAGAAAACAAUUCGAGUUUCGAACUCCUUCAAUGGUGUUCCUUCUGGUAUGGCUGACUCUACAGAUCUGGCAAAUGCUUUCUCAGGGAUAAGUUUGUCGGACAAUGGGUUGAUAGAUUCAGAAAACCACUUGCAACCACAGCUCCACAAUGAGAUCAGUGAGAAUUUUCUCUUCGAUAACAUUAAUCCCGGUGUUUCUCAAUUGGGGAAACCAUCAUAUAGUGAUCUAUGUAAAAGCAAUGGAGUUCGAUCUGAGCUGAAUAAGACUAUGCUAACUGCUGAUGCUCAAGUUGAUCUGCCCAAGCAAUCUGCUUCCUCCAAUAAUUCAUAUUUACAAGCAGCCUCUGCAUCUGCUGUUUCUCGUUCUGGGGGUUCGCCUACUUCAUAUCAGAAUGUGGAUGCUUCAAAUGCAGCAUUUGCAAAUUAUGGUUUGAGUGGGUAUUCUGUGAACCCCACAGUGAUGAACAACCAUUUUGGUGCCAAUAAUAUGUCGCCUUUGUUUGAUAACAUUUCUUUCUCUGCCUCUUUGGCAGGUCCUGGAUUGGACUCUAGGUCAAUGGGUGCUGGUCUGAAUUCAGGAACAGGUCUUACAGGGAAUAAUGAUUUGCAAAACCUGAACAGGAUUCGGAACCAAACAGUUAAUGGUCUUCAGGUUCCAGUCAUGGACCCGCUGUAUAUACAGUAUUUGCAAAGAACUGCUGAAUAUGCAUCACAAGUGGCAGCUGGUCUCACUGAUCCUUCAUUAGAAAGGAAUUACAUGGGCAGUUCUUAUGUAGAUUUACUUGGGCUUCAAAAAGCUUACCUUGGGGCAUUACUUGCUCAGCAAAAAUCGCAAUACAAUAUACCCUAUUUUAAUAAAUCAGGUGGCUUGAAUCAUGGGUAUUAUGGGAAUCCUGCUUUUGGUCUUGGCAUGCCAUAUCCAGGGAGUCCAUUAACAAGCCCUGUUCUUCCUAAUUCUCCUGUGGGACCUGGAAGUCCCCCUAUGAGGCAGAAUGACCGGAGCCUUCGUUUUGCUUCAGGGAUCAGAGGCUCGGGAGUUGUGGGUUCGUGGCAUGCAGACAAUGGUCCAAAUUUAGAAGAAAAUUUUGCAUCCUCUCUUUUGGAAGAGUUUAAAACCAACAAGACCAAAUGCGAACUUUCGGAGAUUGCUGGUCAUGUGGUUGAAUUCAGUGCGGAUCAGUAUGGGAGUCGUUUCAUUCAACAAAAACUUGAAACUGCCACAGUUGAAGAGAAAAAUAUGGUUUUUCAAGAAAUUAUUCCUCAAGCUCUAUCUUUGAUGACAGAUGUUUUUGGGAACUAUGUGAUCCAGAAGUUUUUUGAGCAUGGUACUACAGCCCAAAGAAGAGAAUUGGCCAACCAGCUUACCGGGCAUGUCUUGGCCCUGAGUCUUCAAAUGUAUGGUUGCAGAGUGAUUCAAAAGGCCAUUGAGGUGGUUGAUGUGGACCAGCAGACUAAAAUGGUUCAAGAGCUUGAUGGUCAUGUCAUGCGAUGUGUACGUGAUCAAAAUGGGAACCAUGUGAUUCAAAAAUGUAUUGAAUGCAUCCCUCAAGAUGCGAUUCAGUUUAUCAUUUCAUCCUUCUAUGAUCAAGUUGUUACAUUAUCCACUCAUCCAUAUGGUUGCCGAGUCAUCCAGAGGGUUCUUGAACACUGCAAUGAUGCCAAGACACAACAAAUCAUGAUGGAUGAGAUUUUGCAAUGUGUUUGCAUGUUGGCACAAGACCAAUAUGGGAAUUACGUUGUUCAGCAUGUCCUGGAACAUGGGAAGCCACAUGAGCGCUCUGCUAUAAUAAAAAAGCUGGCUGGCCAGAUAGUUCAUAUGAGUCAGCAGAAGUUUGCUUCAAACGUUGUUGAGAAGUGUUUAAUCUUUGGUGGUCCUGCAGAACGCCAGCUACUGGUUAAUGAAAUGCUUGGUACAACCGAUGAAAAUGAGCCUUUGCAGGCGAUGAUGAAAGACCAAUUUGCCAACUAUGUUGUACAGAAGGUCCUGGAGACUUGUGAGGACCAACAACGUGAACUGAUCCUUUCCCGAAUUAAGGUGCAUUUGAAUGCUUUGAAGAAGUAUACAUACGGAAAACAUAUUGUUGCACGUGUAGAGAAACUUGUUGCUGCUGGAGAAAGGCGCAUUGGAAUACAGUCUUCAUACCUGUCCUAAAUUGCAUGGACAUGUAAUUGUACAGCUAACAGCGCUUAGUGUGAGCUCUCUCUCUCUAUCUCUCUCUCUCUCUCUUUCUCUCGGCACAGGUACAAGCUGGAUGGAAAUAAAUUUAUUGUUUGUACCAGAAAAAUGUACAUUGUGUAGUUUGUAACGAGAAUGUUAGUGUGGGGCACAGGCUGAGGCUCAGAUGGUGAAUAGCUGAUAUCCCUUAACAAAGGGAUUUGCAGUGGAGAUAAAAGAGUGUAUAAGUUUUUAGAGCUGUAAAAAGAGAAAAAAGUAGUAAGUUGGUAACGUGACUGUACAAAUUUCGCCGUGUGGAGAGGCUGUUGUCUUUUAGGUGAGGUGAGAAAUUUUCCCCCUUCGGAUAAUUUAUUUUUCUUAAUGGCCUGGGCGAGUUGAGCCCAAUGUCUGUAAAAGACAUGUUAUUUCAGUUGGGACCAAAUAUAUCUUUUUAAGUUCAUAAACUAUGUGAAUAUGAUGUUUGUCAUCCUUUUAUUCA